AUUUUCCCAAAUUGAUUUCAUGAGUGUUCCAAUUAUUACCUAGUUUAUUAAUGUAACCCUAAGACGAGACUUCAAACAUCAUUAUACAAAUUCAAGAAGAGUGCAAAAUUGUAAUCGAUCUCACUCAAUUAAGAAGAGAGCAUUACAAUGUAUUAUCAAAGAAAGAAAAAGAUGAGGCUGUUUAAAUGCUAGGACCAAAUCCUUUAUUUGAUGAUUUUAAGAGAGUUAGUUAGACUUUUGGAACCACCAUAAAAAACUUAAAAAGAUGGCUUCGAUGUGGUACAGAAAGAAAAAAAGGUUGUGGAAGGAAAAAGCUUAAUCCCUAUGCUGAAAAGUAGUUGAUUGAAUGGGUUAUAGAGAAAGUUCAACGAACAGGCAAAAAAAUAUCAAGAUAAGAAUUAAGAUGCAAAGCAUUAGAAUUAUUCAAAAAUCAGCAUUUCUGUGCAUCUAAAGGCUUUCUUGAUAAAUUUGUUAAAUCCUAUUAAUUAAAGAAUAAGAUGAAUGAGUAAUGUUAUUCUUCAUAAAAUAGUAUCUUAAAAAGCAUUGGAAAAUUAAACACAAAGAACUUCUCCAAUAAAUCAAAAUAGAUUUAUACCAAAAUUGAAGAAGAACAGCUCUAAGUAGAAACUGUUAAAAAAGAAGAAGUAGAUGAUAUCAAAAUUGAAACUCUAAACUUAUAAACCAAUCAAAGUUGUUCUGCAUUUUAAAUUUAAUGA